AUGAGCUUUGACCUUAUGCAUGCGCUGUUUAGACACGUCCCGCGCAGUCCAAACGGUGAUACAACCUGGCUCUCCUCCCUCGCGGACCGCUACCACCUCUGCAUCUACAAUGUCGACGCCCCGCCCGACGAAACCUCGGAGUACCUCCAGGUGCCCGCGAACCGCGGCCACGAGGCCAUGGCCUACCUCACUUUCCUGAUAGACAACUACGCCGAGAUCGCGGGGGCGGUAUUUGUGCACGGCUCACGCUGGGCGUGGCACAAUGAUGCGCCGGACUAUGAUAAUAAGGCUCUAUUGGCGGCGUUGGACAUUAAGCGUGCGCUGAGUGUGUCCGGGUACCACAAUCUGCGCUGCGAUUGGAGUACGAGUACUUGUCUACGUUCUGCGCCGGCGCAGGGUAGUCUCGAGAUGAGACUGCAGUCUACGAUAUCGCCGUGGAGUGCGCGGGCCGCGUCGGACGUUGCGCCCCUGCGGGCAUUGGUCUCGAUAUUCGGUGGUGCGGAUGGGUCCUCGUUGAAUGGGAGAUUACAUCUUGGACGGACGGAUACGGUGCGAUCAUAG